UUAUUAAAUAUUUUACUAAUUAAUUAUGUCAAUCUAUUUCUGGAUUUUUUCUAAUAAUUUUUUAUUGAAUUAAUUAAACAUGAAAUAAUUAAAAAUUAGGUUUAUCAUAUUUCCUGUGAUUUUUUAGAAUACUAUAAUAAUUCUUUUUUUAUUAGAUUUUAAUUUUUUGUUUUCAAGAAAAUAUAAAUGAAUUUAAAAUUGUUAACUUUAAUUAUUUUAUGUAUCCAAUUUUAUUAUUUUAAUGAAUUAUUUAUUUUAUUUACCAAAGAAAAUACAUUAUAAAAUAAUAAAAUAUACAUUAUUAUGGUAUGAUGUUCCUUUCAUCAUACUAUAUCUAUGUAUUUGUAUAUAGAUAUUUGAAAUAGUAUUAGAUUAGCAUUAGUUAUUAAUUAUUCUUUAAUUAAUUAAUAUUGAUCAAUUAAUUAACUAAUUAAUAUUGAUUAUUAUUUAUAUAUAAUUAAAAAAUAGCCAAUUUAUAAAAUUUUUAAUAUUAUUAUAUUAAAAAAAUACCAGUUUUUAAUGUUAAAAGCAAUUGUUAUAUUGAGUUAAGUGGAACAUUUUUAUUCUAUUUUUUAAAUAUUAUUUUAUUUUUUAAUGAAUCAAUAUAUAGUUUUACAUUAAAAUUUUUUUUUUAUUUGUUUUCUAUCUACAUUUUUUUUAUUUAUGUUCUCUUAUUAAUAUAAUAUAUAUAAACAAGUGAAAUAAUUUAAAUUUAUAUUUAUUUUUAUUUAUUUUCCAUAUAACUCAAUAAAAAUUAAUGAUUAUUACUUAUUUCUAAUUAUAUAUUUGAAUGAUAAAUACUUUACUAUAUUAAUUGAUCAAAGUAAUCAUGUAUGAAUUAAGAAUUCUAUUAUAUAAGGAUAAAUUAUAAAGUAUUUUUUUCUUAAAAUGCAAAAAUUUUAAUUAUUGUUUUUAAUAUUAUCAAUUAAAAUUUAUGCGUUAUAUUAUAGAAAUAUUAUUGGAUAAAUCACAAAUUAAAUGUAAUUAUUUUAUUUUAUUUAUUUAUAUGUAAAAUAAGAAUAAUGAAAUGUUAUAAAUUUAUAAAUUUAUAAGUGCUGUGGUAUUAGGUAUUAAAAGUUUAUAAUUUCAAUUUAUUUAUAUUAUUUUAUUAUAUAUAAAUAAUAUUUUGUUUAUAAUAUAUAAUAUAUUAAAUAUGUGACAUGAAAUAUAAAACAGUACUUAAAUGAUUAUUAUAAAAUAAUUCAGUAUAUUUAUUUUCUGCAAUUUAUUUUUUUUUUUAAUUUGAAAAUUAUUAAAUAUAAAAAAAUUUAUAAUUUAUAAUAUAAUUUUUAAUUAUUAUAAUUAUGUAUAUAAUAUUUAAUAAAAAAAAAUCAGUAUAUGUAGAUAUUUCACACAUAUGUAUACAUAUGUAUAUUAUAUUAUAUUUAAGAAAAAUAAUAUACUUAUAUGUAAUUUUAAAUAUUUUGAAUUUAGAAAUAAUAAAAAAUUUAUUAUUUAGGAAAGACAAAAUUUUUACAAUAUUAGAAAUUACAAUACAUAAUAGUAUAUUAUUCUUAUUGCAGGGUAUUAAUUAUUUGUAUAAUUAAUAUAAUUAUAAUUUAUAUUUAUAUAUUUUUCAUGUUUAUAAAAUUCCAAUAAAUAAGAAAAAUUACUAACUAAGUAGUGAAAUGAUAUAAUAAUAGAAUAGUAUUAUGCCAAACAACAUAAUUUUUAAAAAUUAGAGUUCACAUAAUUAUAAAAUGUAUGAAAAAAAUUUAUUAAAUAUUAUAUAUAAUUGUUAAUCUUAGCUAACGAAAAUAGCAUUAAACAUAAACUUUUUUAAUCUUUCAUUAUUGGAAUGGAAAUUGCAAUUUACUAAAAUUCUUGUAUAUGUUUUUCAUGAAUUAAUAUUAUCGUUGAAAUUCUUGAAUUGUGAUUGAUCUUCAUAUUUUUUUAUAUUUUUUCAAAUAUUCUAAAUACACAUGCUGUCAUAGUAAUCUUGAAGCAUAACAAUUAAUAAGAAAAAUGUGAUUAUAUUAUAAUCAGUACUAUUUUUUUUUUGAAGAAAAAUAUCUAUUAAUUUUAGUUAAUUUAUAAAAUUACUGGAUUUAUAAUUAUUAUUGCAAUAUUAUAUUUUGCAUAUAAACAAUUAUUUUAAUUAAAUUAUAAAUAAUUUUUUUUAUAAAAUUCUGAACAAUUUAAUAAAUUCUUUCUAUUAUAUAUCCUAUAAUAAUAUAUGUUAAUUUAUCUUAUAAUGAAAUCAAAUAGAAAAAAUAAGUUUAUUUCAAUAAUUGAAUAUAAUAAAAUAUUACAAUCAUAUCAACAUCAUUUAUAAAAUAAUUCUUUUUAUCUAAUUUUCUCUGAAGUAUAUAUAAUAAAUUUUAUUAAAUAAUUUAAUAUCAAUAAUGCGAUUUAUAUAAUAAGUAUUAUAGAUAAUAAAUUAAGUUAUUGUAGAUAAUAAGUUACUUACGUAAUCAAUUUUUUCUAUUGCAGUUACAAAAAUUUAUUGUAAUUUUGUAGUUGUACAAAAUACAUUGCAAUAUAUAGAUAAAAUUAUAUUUUAUUUACUAAAAUAUAGCAAAAUUUACAAUUUUUAUACAAUAUAAUUUUAUUACAAUUGAAUACAUUUUAACAUCUAACAUAAUAAUUACAUUUUAAUUUAUAUUUUAAUUAAUUUUAUUAAGCAUGAAAAGUUUUACAAAAGGAAAGCGCUUGCGCAAGUAUCAUAUAAGUAAAUACUUAUAUACAAUCUAGUUUAAGUAUGUAUGUAUUAAGUAUGUAUGUAUUAAAUGACGUGAGCGCGCAGCAAUUCGCGCCAGCGAUGAUGACAGCAGACGACAAUUUACUUGAUACGCAUCAUAUCACUGUUAAAAUUUUACACAAUUUCAUUAUUAAAUUACAUAUCAUUCUGCUAUCAUAUCAAUGCUAUAAAUGAAAAAAAACAUAAUUAUAUAUAAAUAAAAUAUAUCUUUAAUGGUUAAAAUUUGACAAAUUCUUUGUGAAAGUAUUAAGUGUUAAAAAAAAGCGCACAACAUGGAAGUAUUAGAUCCCAGUAUCUCGAGAGAUGAUCAGCCUUUGUGUGUUAAUGAUUUUUUGGAAAAAGUUACUACACCAGAUAUUCCACCUGAUACAAAAUCAUGCAUAAAAGCAAGGCAUACAUUAGGUUUUUUAGGAUUUCUAGGAUUUGCACUUGUGUAUGCCAUGAGAGUGAAUUUAUCUGUGGCUAUUGUUUCAAUGGUUAAUCAAACAGCAGUACCACAUAAUGAUGAUAAUGAUACCACAGAUGUUUGUCCUAAAGAAAAACCAAUUAAUGGAACAUUUAUACCAAGUGCAGGAGAAUUUAAUUGGGAUGAAAAAAUACAAGGUAUUAUAUUGGGUGCUUUUUUCAUUGGUUAUGUAACUACAAAUGUUCCUGGUGGUAGAAUGGCGGAAAAAUUUGGUGGAAAACUCAUAUAUGGAUUAGGAGUAUUUCUGACUGCUGUAUUGACUGUAAUUAGUCCUUUUGCAGCUUAUUUAGGAUUGAUACCAUUCUUAGCUGUACGGGUAGCAGAAGGAUUUACAGAGGGUGUUACAUUCCCUGCAAUGCAUAGCAUGUUAGCAUGCUGGGUACCUCCUUUAGAAAGAAGCAAAUUUGCUGCUGUAGUAUAUGCAGGUGCAAAUUUUGGAACUGUCAUAUCUUUACCAGUAAGUGGAUGGCUUUGUUCAUUAGAAUUUUGGGGUGGAUGGCCUCUUGCAUUUUAUUUAUUUGGAGGGCUUGGUAUUAUAUGGUAUGCAUUUUGGCUAAUUUUUGUGUUUGAUACACCUGCACAACAUACAAAAAUUGAUCCUUUAGAAAGAGCAUAUAUUGAAGCUACUGUAGAAAAGAAGGAUGAGGAGAAUGAUACAGGAGUUCCUUGGUUAUCAAUAUUUACAUCAUUGCCCAUGUGGGCUAUAGCUAUUACACAAUGUGGACAAUCAUGGGCAUUUUAUACACUUUUGACAGAAUUACCAACAUAUAUGGAUAAAAUUUUGCAUUUCGAUGUACAACAGGAUGCAUUCUUUUCAGCACUGCCUUAUUUAAGUUCUUGGUUAGUCGGUCUCGGUAUUUCAAGUUUCGCAGAUGCUCUCCUUGCCCGUCAGCUUUUAUCUCCUUUAACAUCGUUCAAGUUAUGGAACACAGUGGCUUCAUUAGGACCCAGUCUCAGUUUUAUUGGUGCUAUUUGGGCUGAAUGUGAUCGUAUGAUGGUUAUGAUGAUGCUUGCUGGAUUAGGAUCUCUACAAGGUGCAGUUUAUGCAGGAAAUCAAAUGAAUCAUAUUGCAUUAGCACCUCGAUUUGCGGGAACUCUUUAUGGACUUACAAAUGCUGCUGCAAAUGCUUGUGGAUUUUUAGCUCCAUAUGUUAUUGGAAUGAUUGUUCAAGGACAUGAAACAUUGGCACGUUGGCAUACAGUAUUCUGGUUAGCAGCAGGAAUAAACAUGGCAACUAAUUGUUUUUAUUUAAUUUUUGCAUCUGCCACAGAACAACCAUGGAGUAGAGGUAGUAGUUGAUGACAAAAUUUCGUUACACACGAAAUAUUUAAUAUGGAAAAUAAUUUAUCAUUGGAUCGAAUUGCGCUUAGUUCAUUUUAGUUAAUUUUUAUAAUAUUGACUGCUUCUGUCAUUUAGGCACAAAGUUUUUUUUUUAAUUUCAAGUUUGAUAUAUUAAUAAUUUCUUAUUGAAUGAAAUAUUUCAAUCAAUGAGUUAUUAUAUUAUUUUGGCAAAAUAAUAUAUUACAUUAGCUAAAUUAGUAAUUAGUAAAAAUUUAUUUGCAUCAGUAUUAAAUAUUAUAUUAAUGAAGUUCAAAUAUUGAACUUUGUGUAUCAUUCCAAUGAAACUGUUCACAUGACAAUAUGACUUUUAAAGCUUUUAUUUUUGAUUUUUAAUUUAAUAUAAUAAUAACUAGGUUUAAAAAAAAAUGGAUAUAAUCUAAAAUUUAUUUCUAAUUUAGAAAUAAUUUAAUUUAUUUUAAUCUCAUCAAAAAAUGUAAAUUAUCAAAAUAUUUUUUAUAUUUAUAAAAUGAAAAAUAUUGAAGAGUCUAUAUUCUUGUUUAUAUGUAAGAGUUUUAUAUGUACAUAAAAACAAUCAUUCAUUUAAAAUGAUUGAUAUAGAGAAUAUAUGAUAUAGAACAGGAUUUAAUAAUUUUUAAAUGGAUAAUUGAAUUUUUAUUUUAUAAUUAAAAAAAUGAUAAACAUGCACAACUUUUGUGCAAUCAAAAUGCAAGAUGUAAAUUGUCUUUAUAUUUCUUAUGAUAGUGUAAUGAUAAAAUGAUUUAUAAAUAAAAAAAUUUAUAAAUAAAAAACAAAUUUCGAUAUGAAAAUUAUAAAAAUAUUAACAAAAAUAAUAUUAUAUCUAUAAUAAAAUCUUCUAUAUUAAGAAUACAAAAAGCUUUAUAAAGAUAAUUUUUAUAAUUAGAUUUAUUAGUAAAAUUUAUUAGUAAAAUAAUAAAUAUAAUUAAAAAAUUGUUGUGUCUGAAUACGAAUAUAAUUAGGAUUACAUAGAGAUCAAAGCAGUAUAAAUUAUUAUAAAGAAUUUUAGUUCACUGAAUUAAAUUAAAUUGAAAAAGUUUGAGAUAUUAAAUAUUGAUCUUUAUUUCCUUAAAUGUAUCAUUGCAAUUUGAUUACUUCGAUAUAUAUAGAUGAAAAUUUAUAAAACGGAGAAAUGGACAGAAUAUUUUUGAUAUUCUAAAUUGUUUUUAUCUAUUUUAUUGGAUUUUAAAUUAUAUAUAAUUAUAAUGUAAUCCUAAUCUAAUUCUUAUGACACGAUAAGAUAAUAAUAUAGUAAUUUAGACAUUGUUAUUUUCUUUACAAAAAUUAAUAAAAUUUAAAGUAAAUCAUAAAUAUAUUUAUUUAUACAUAAAAUGUCAUAAAAAAAAUAAUUAUUGCAAAUAAUUUUUGAUAUAAAAUACUAUGUUACUAUGUAUCAUAUUGUAACUAGUUUUGUAAUACAUAUAAAUUAAUUAUAGAAAUUAUUCGAUAAAAAUGUUUACACAAAUAAUAUUUAAUUAAAAAAGAAAAGUAAAAAAUUUAUACAAAAUUUGUUCAUAUUUGAUAUGCAUGUAAUGAUUAUUAUAUCAUAUUUGACAAGCAAAAAAAAAAAAAAAAAAGCAACAAUAACUAUUUAAUUUAUAUAAGCAUUAAUUUUUGUAUUUUUAGUUUUAAUUAUUUUUCACGUCAAAAAUAAAAUGAUUAAUGCAUGCAUUAUGAUAAUUCAUGUUAAAAAUGAAUGAAAAAUAUCUUACUUUUUGAAUUUUACAGAUAUACACACACACAUAUAGAAAUGUAAAAUAUUUAAAUAAUGAUAAUAAAGAACAAAAUUAUAUUUACAAAAUAAA